AUGUUCUCGAAGGAACGUCUCCCGUUACGAUUUCCUGUAAAUCGUGAAGAACCAGUUCGCAGACAAGAACAAGCAGCAGUAGCAUUCACUUGUUCCUGCCCUGAUUUUGCGCUGCAGCUUGGCUUUUCGAGCUCGACCUCAUCAGUUUGCUAUGCUCACAAUUAUUAUGUAUCCGCAGUCCAGUGCUAUAGUGAUGAACACUGCUUAUCAAACACCGUUAUGGAUUGGCUUCGAGGACGGAUGUUUUUUGGUGGAGGUUCAUCGAACGCAUCGUCUGCUGACGACGAGGAACGGCGUCUCGUCGAACAACCGUCAACCUCCUCAACACGGAAGCGUUCUAUGAUGGGGGCGAAACAAUCAGCACACGGAGAUAAUCAAGGCUAUGAAGUAUCUCCAGUAGGAGAGACGUGCCCAUCACGUGGUGCUUCAACUUCCGGUGUGGCUGCACCAGGAAUGCCAGCUCCAGACGACCGCUCUAGAUCCACUGUACACUACAAACUGCAUAGUCGUGGUGUCCCGCAGAGGACACUUUCGCCAGCCCAUCCACAUGCUGCGCCAUGUGCAUUGGACGACAUGCUGCGGCCGGCAAAAUUCGACUACAUUCUCAAUUCUCAACAUCUGAUCGAUCGGCAAACACAAGAAAUGCACGCAUGGAAUCCUGACGAUCGGUCGCUAAACAUCUUCGUGAAGGACGAUGACUGCUUUACAUUUCAUCGACACCCAGUUGCUCAGAGUACAGACUGCAUUAGAGGCAAGAUGGGUUACUCAAGUGGAUUUCACGUCUGGCAGUUGGAAUGGCCACAGCGACAAAGAGGAACUCAUGCGGUUGUCGGGGUUGCAACGAAGGCUGCUGCCUUGCACGCGAUGGGAUACACUUCGUUGAUAGGCACAAACACGGAAAGUUAUGGCUGGGAUCUCACACGUGCCGAAUGUCAUCAUGAUUCGAAGAACUGUAGUCCGUGGCAGUACCCCACCGGAGUCCCUAUGCGACCCGACAACUUUCCUAUUCCUGACAAGUUCUACUGUAUUCUUGACAUGGACGAUGGCUACAUGGCAUUUGCAACCGAUCAACACUAUCUGGGGGUUGCCUUUCGAAAUCUUCAGGGAAAAACACUGUAUCCUAUUGUUUCUGCUGUAUGGGGUCACUGCGAAAUAACAAUGAAGUAUCUUGGAGGCAUUGAACCUUCUCCUCGACCUCUCAUGGACAUCUGCCGUAGAGCGAUUCGUGUCGAACUGGGACGUCAUCGUCUACAUCGGGUCGACGAGUUGCGGCUGCCUCCGCCUCUGAAACGCUUCAUUCUUUACCGGAAAUAA